GCCCACUGUCUCGAGCAGAAGCUACGACGCACAAACAGCAGCGAGGAGCUUCUUCUCGUGCCAGGACGGGACAUUUCACAUGCAUUGGAUUAGUGAGUUCACUUGAUGUCGGCACCCUCAGGGGGUGGGAGGGUCUGCAAAAUCAAACCCCAGUAACCAACGCUGAAACCUCCAAAUAGCACGUCCGUGACCACCCUCAUGUUCCUGCAGAGCACCAAGUAGCUCCAUCUGAAAACACUCCGCUGCAGAGCUAAAAGGGACUCAUUUCCAACAUGGAGGGCGUAGCCGUUGACAACCUAAUAGACUUUGACCUCCCCUCUGAGGCCACAACUCUGAGCAUAGACGGAGGCCAACAUCAAGGCCACACAGACAUUUUCUCCCCGGAGCCGGUGUCUUCCGCUGGAGUCCACCAGCAGCCCUUACUGCCAGAGCCCAUGGCCCCAACCAAGCCCAGCUCCCACCACCACCACCACCACGAGGAUGGAGACGACAGCGAUGCUACAGAGUCAGCAGACAGCGAGAACGACAUGGACCCGCCCUCUCAUAUGUGGGAGCUGAGGAGGUCGUCAUCUUCGUCCGCUCACAGCGGCGAGGACGCCGACGCCGAGACGCUGGAGAGGAGACAGUUCAUGAAGGCUUAUGUGGAGAAGGUGUUUCAUGGAAAGGAGGACUUUGACCAGGAAGAAAAGGCUCGUUUUGGAGAGCUGUGCAGCGGGGAGAACGGCAAAGGCAGGGAGUGGUUUGCCAAAUACGUCAGCGCACAGCGCUGCCACUCUAAAUGUGUCAGCGAAGCCACCUUCUACAGACUGGUGCAGUCAUUUGCAGUUGUACUGUUUGAAUGUUACCAGAUGGAUGACUACAGCCCAGCCAAAAACCUCAUGACCAUGUGCUUCACAUACUACUACAUUGGGAAGUCCCAGCCAUCACCCUCAGAGCUGCUGGAUCGCGGUGGUCCUCCAGCUGGUCUGGACUCGUACCUCGACAAGGCUAACUUCUGGCUGUCUGGAAAGAAGGAUGCCGCUGAGCGCCUCCUCAAAAACACAUCUAAAACUGACGUCAAAGGCUUCUUCGGAGGCCUAGAGAGCAAACUGAGGAGCUCAAUGGCUCCAAAGACAGAGGAUGGGGAAAGCCCAGUUGAGACAAAGCCCAAAUCACCAGUAUCUGAGGCGCCGGAGGAAAAGAAAGGAGAGAAGGUGUACCUGUACACCCAUCUGAAGCAGCAACCCAUUUGGCACACACUGAGGUUUUGGAACGCUGCGUUUUUUGAUGCCGUCCAUUGUGAGAGGAAGAAAAGGUCACCAACCACGAGGGAGAAGUGGUGUCAUAUGACCCAGGAGGAGAGGGACGACAGCUCCAAAAUCGAUGAGAACAUCGCCUUCGGCCAGCUCGGGACAUUCACUCAUAACAUGCUGGCGUUUGGGCUCAGUAAGAAGCUCUGCAACGACUUCCUGAAGAAGCAGGCGGUCAUCGGGAACCUGAAUGAAGAACAGUACAAGUUGCUGACCGACCACAUAGAGAAAAUGGCGGCAGAGUGAGUCUGAGGACGACAGGCUGCAUUCAAAGUCUCCACACAAAAGAACUCACAGUGCACACAAACACACACACACACGUCAGCGAUUUAUUUGCAACUCAGUGUCGCAAUGAACAACUCCCCGUCUGACUGUUGUUGCGUUUGUGUGCUGCUCCGCUGAAAAACGACGUAACUUACCGUCCUGAACUCUGCCAUAGUUGUAGCAAAAUCCUGUUUAUCCAACCUGGUAGUGCUCCUGUGCACGCCGUCCUGUAUCAGCAAUAAUACAACAUCAUCUGCAUACUUAAAUAUCUACAACGCCUCUGUCUGUGACCUGCUUGACAAAAACUAGAAAAGUAAAGUGAAACCAUCCAGUAUCAAACCUAAAUAGCCUCGGUGUGGUGUCAGACACUCUGGAUUAAUACAUUAUACACAUGAUGUGUGAAUUAUAUACCCUUGAUGCUGUUUUAUUCUGUGUUUCCUUGGUAACCACAUUUAUUACAUGUUGGCGUAGCACAUCUAACAGCAUCUGGUGAAGCACUGUACUAAGUAUCACCCCGCCUUGUUACUCAUUACAUAACUGUCUACUGUCAGCUCAAACCACACUGCGGUAUAAUAGUAUAUGGCAAUAAUAACUCAUAGUGUUUCAAUAUGCUCUCAAUCACAGGGCGCUUGAGUUAAAAGGACAUUUCACUCUGAAAUCAAAACUACAUAUUUUUACUCUUACCUGUAGUGCUCUUUAUCAGUCUAGAUUGUUUUGGUGUGAGAUGUCUCCCUUCUCCCCAAUUUAAUGGAUCUAGAUGCCACUCAGUUUGUGGUGCUCAAAGUGCCAAAAAUAAAAACUGAUAAUAAUAAAUAAAUAAAAUAAUCAACAGCAAUGUCUCUUCCCAGAAAUCACGAUACUCAAAAAAUCCACACAGUAGUUUCAUGUGGGAACUAUUUUCUUUCUGCCAAGCUAAACCGUAUCACAGCGCAGAAGGAAACGUGCAUCUACUCACAGAUGAGAGGCUCGUGCUUCUGACAGCACAAGAUGUAAACAUUAAUGGCGUCCUCCUAAACUUAUCUGCAACGUCAGCUAGCUCAGCCAUGUUAGGUAGCAGCAGUAGCUUCCUUCUGCUCGAUGAUUCGGCCUAUAGCUUUGUCCCGAACCUGAUAAGGCCUGACCUGACCCGCUGAGUUUGGCCUGAGCCAGUCUGUAAUUUCUCAUUAUUGCCUCAGGCUUAAAUCGGGCAGCGUUCUUGCCAAUUUAGCUGUUUUUAUUGUUGUUUUAAUGAAACUGGCAGUUCUCAUGUGUUCAUGGCAGGAGUUUUAAUGGACUGAAUCAAGAGGGAAAGAGAGAGAAGGCGGCUGCAAGGCUGCUUGGAUGUAUGGCAGUGUUUACCUCGGCCUCUCCAGAAGUGGGAGAGAUUAGUGUAACAUGCAGCCAAAAGCGGUGAUUAUCACCUGCACACCACAUCGUUUCUGGAAAGAGACAUUGCUGUUGAAUUUUUUAAAUGUAUUUUUUGGUGCUUUGAGCGCCACAAGCGGAGUGCCAUCUAGUUCCAUUAUAUUGGAAAGAAGACAGACAUCUUUACGUCCGAUAUCUCCGACACUCUGCAACUCAAACCACAACAAGCUAGACUGAUAAACAGAUCUACAUGUAAGAGUAAAAUAUGUAUCUGUGAUUUUGGGGGUGAACUGCCACUUUCAGAUACUCAUCUGUGCUUUCUGUAACGCUGUAGUAUCCUUUUUGGAAAUACAAACACAAGCUACAACUUUGACAUGUGUAACAUAUAAUCUUAUUAAUAGCAUUUAAAGAAGUAGAACCAAUGCCUUUACUUCAAGAAAUAGUUCAUAAUUUUAAGAAAUACGCUUAUUUGCUUUUUUGCAGGGAUAAACGGGAAGAUUUAUACCAAUCUCAUGUCUGUAUGCUAUGAAGCAAUAGAAAAUUAGCUUAGCUUAGCAUAAAGCCUGGAAACGGGGAAACUGCUUAACUGGCUCAGUCCAAAAAGAAACAAAAUCCAUCCACCGUUAGCUUUUUUUCAAAUGAUUUUUUCAAAGAUUUAUUUGCACAAAACAAAAUGCCAGAAAAAUAACCAAAGAAGACAAGGUUGUGCAGGUAAGAAAAAGAAAUCGCUAGGGCCUUAUAAGCUUAUCACCUCAAUAAGAAUAAUAAAUACAAAUGUCAUGUAAUCAAGAAAAGUAAACAAACAGGUAAACAAAGUCAGUAAGCAAACAUAAAGUAAGCAUGUAAAGCAACAAAAAUAAAAUCAGAUUAAAUUAAAUUAAAUUAAAUUAAAUUAACCUCUGUCUUAAUUAUUGAGCCUUGGAGGUGCUGAUAGGUGGACAUUUCAUCUCUGGACAGGUAAACUGUCUCCCCUGUCUGCAGUCUUUAUGCUAAGCUUGUAUAAAUCUUCUUGUUUUCUCCAAAAAAGCAGCAGUCUUCCUUCAGAUUACUUCCUCAGAGGAAUCAUGUAUUUCUAUCCAUUUUUUUUACUCUGCCACACAUUUACAAUCUAGUGGCAUUAAUUUAAUGUUGGUUUUUUUAAUUAAAACCUUGAUUGCACCCUUGGGAACAUUAGAGACUCCUUAUAUAUCCAAAGUGCCUUCCAUGGAAGUCUUUAUUUUCUGAUGCACCCCUCAAUUGCCCGACCAAACACUAAUGCAGAGCCUGCAAUGAUCACUCUAUUACUCAUUCCCUGCUGGAUAAAAACAAAAAUCUUCUGCAUGCAAACAAAAAACACUGUAUUGCUAUGUGUUUUUUCAGUGUAAGUAAUAGUUUCUUUUCAUAUGGCUGAGCUGUAACGCCGGAUGCAGCAUGUGGCCUGGAUCAAAGACGGGCCAGGUAUCUAUCUGUGUAUCUAUCUAGCAUGUGCAAACAGCGUUGAGUUAAUGUGAAACGAGUGAACUGUGAAGUGACUAAUUGUAUUACUUCAUCCUACCACUGCGGGGCAGCAUUGUGUCUUCAUUUAGAGCUCAAUGAGAGAUCCCUGAAUUCAAGAAAUCCUUCCGAGCUCUCGUCUCAAGAAUGUACAUCAAUCAGCCAAAUAUUAAAAACAACUGACAGGUGAAGUGAAUAACAUUGAUCAUCUCAUAUAAAUUUAAUGUUCUGCUGGGAAAUUUUGGGUCCUGGCAUUCAUGCGGCUGCUCCACCGUUGCAAAUCAUGUACCACCCUCAAGGCAAUGACUCACCAUGAUAGCAGCCCCAUGAUUCACCCAAAAAACUGCUCAGGAAUGACCCCAGGAGGGUGACAAAAAGCUCAAGGCGUCAACCUGGCCUUUACCUCACCAAGAUCCCAAUCUGAUCGAGCAUUUAUGGGGUGUGCCGGUACUUCAUCGAUGAUCCCAAUCAGCGGUGGGGCCUCCUUGGAUUGGACUUGGCUCUGACAUGUUGAAGCAUGAACGCAGGGCCUCUGGGGGUCUCCGGUGGUGUCUGGCAGCAGAUCCUCUUACUCCAGUUGGUUUUAAUUUGGGGCACCAACGCAUCCCACAGAUGCUCGAUCAGAUAGUAAAUCCAUCACUUUCUCAUCCCAACACGUCACAUGGUGCCACUCUGUCAGUGACCUUCUGCGUCUACUCAUGACGUUUUAGGUAUCCGUCUGCGUCAGCUGAUUAUGCACCAGGAUGCCGUUAUCGUGAUGUCAACAAAUGCACAUCUAUUGGGAUGAAGCAGUAUAGUCCUGGUGAAGCAGUACGCCAGUGGUUCUGUCCGAACACGUUCUCUUCUGAUGCUGUCCAGCCGCAUUCCAGGUGGACGCAAAAGGUGGUUUUUGGCGGCACGCUCGUGCGUCGAAAGCACUGACAGAGCAGACAGAGCAGGCUGGUAUAUCUGGGGAAUUUGGAGGCUAGGUGGACGCCUUAAGCACUUUUUGCUGUGUGAUGUGGUGCGUUGUAUUGCUUGGAGGCUGCAGUGUUGUUUAGGUGGUUUGUGCGCAUCAGGUGGCAUCCACCGUGAACACCAGGGUCCGAGGUUUCCCAGCAGAAUAUUGUAAUGCAACAAGAUAAUCAAUAUUUUUCACCUCACCUGUCAGCAGUUUUAUUGUUGUGGCUGAUCGCUGUAUCAAUGUGGGCUUUUUAAAUAACAGAAUAUGGUAAUCCACAUGUGAGUAACAGGAUGAUUGCACUGUCCGGCAGGUUCAAUCCCAUUUCAGAUUGAUAAUCUGUUCUAAUCUAUUGUGUCGAUGAAGUCAUUUUGUAAAUACUGUAGAUAUUUCUCUAUAUGUUGUAAGAUUUGAUCACGUGCUGCUGUUUGUGAAUUGUGUCUUUAAAUUUAAAUGUAUAAACAGUAGACGUAAUCGUGCAUUGUGACCAUCGUGUCCAUGAGGAACAUAAAUGUCGAACUGUAGUUAUGACCCUGAAGUGCCCCCGUACAUCCAACCUCAGUUUGACGUGCCCACUCAAAGUAUUUGCAUAUAGUGUAGUGCAAUAAUCUCAAAUGUAAAUCAUUCCUUCGCAGCUGAGUGACAUGCAGUAUAAUUAUACAAAUCAUAUGGAAAAAGCCUUGCAAAGCUCUUUUAGCUUUACACUGUUUUAAAUGAACUCUUUUGAUUCUCUCAGGUGUCCCUUUGCAUGUGCUCAGAGUCCAUUUCUAAACGUUUGAAACAUCGUUAGACUGUGUGCGCGAUCCUUCUUUCCCUUUUGUGUUUUUCCCGAUGUGACCUUUGACUGUGUCGCCGCACUGUUUACCCUUCUGACUUGGUUGGAGUGUUGAUAUUGUAUAUUGUUAGCUCAGCAUGAGCCAUUUGCACUACAUUUAGUCUCAACAUCUCUUCUCAGUAUCUUCUGAAUAACGUUACAUUGAUGCCUUUUCUCUUUGUUCUGCAUGAACAGUGCACGCUCUCUCUCUCUCUCUCUCAUAUCUGUUGUUAAAUGUUGAUGGUAGUUUGUCUUUAGUAGCCUGGAUGUAAAAACUUUUCUGAAUCUCCAGUGUGUAGGAUUUAUUUAGGCUAUAUUAAGCCGUUUAUAUCUACAUAGAAAGCAGAUCGUCCUUCAUGUGGUUUCUUUUUUAGCUCCAGUGUUUCCAACAGAAUUAAAAUCUAAAGCUGCUUUUACACAAAGAUCACGCUGCAGCGAGGUCCCUUCUUUAUGCCUUCAAAAUAACAAACGACAGCGGCAUCACUCCCAACAGCGUGUGAUUAUAAACCACAUUUUGGCAUCCUGCAAUUAAAAAAAUCUGCUUUAUCCUCUUGUAAAGUUGUUACAAAUUACAGCUAAGUGAAGAUCCAAAACAUUUUUACAGGUGCCGGAUCAAAAAAUCAAACUAAGGCAGGAAUUAGACAGGAGAUCCUCACACUGUAUUUAAAGCUCUUAGUAAUCUUUUAUCGUGCAAAAUUAUGAUCUAACAGAGAUCUUCGUCAGGCAGUUUCAAAUCAUCAUCACAAGGCAGAGCAAGCAGUAUAAAGACACAAACACAUUCGUCUCUCAGGUGAUUGUGAUCUGCUUGAUUGAGCGUAAGUCCUCUCUCAAUUUUCGCUCUCUGACUCUCCCACAUCGAGGACAGAGCAUGUCUCCAUGAAACAAAACCAAAAAUGAAAAAUACAAUACUAUUCAAGGAUGUACUGAAUACAACACAUAAAAGUAACAUCAAAUAUAUAUAACAUAUCGUUAAAAAAAAUACAAUAAAAACACUAAUCAUAAAAACUAUUUAGAAAAAAUAAAUUUAAAAAAUAGAAAACCAAAAUAAAUUACUCUCUCAAAAAGGCUUUAGAGCAGUCAACUUCGGUCCCUGUGCAGGAUCUGGACCCCAGUCAGUAUCUGAAUGCCCCCACAACAAUUUUCCAAUUCACAGUAGAAAUAAAGAGAUUCACACAUUUUUGUACUUUUAAGGUGCCCAAAGUGCAUCAAACAACAUCAAAAUAGAGCUUGUUUAUCAAAAACGUGCCGCUGAAGGAUCCAUCACACCCCCUGAUAGAGGUCCUAGCUAAGCCCCUAAUGUAAAUGCCUCACAUGUGGGAGUGUCGGAGAGUGAUAGUGAACUCUGCUCUGAUUGGCUUGCUUAAUUGAUCCAAUCUGAGAGUGAAUUGACUUUCACGCAUUUGUAAUGAGACAGUGACACCAAAUGUUGCCAUGGUAGCGGCUGAAAGCAUUUGGAAAUCAAGGGUUAACUGUUACGUCACACGCACACUUGAGCCUAUAACGUUAGCUAGCAUGGAGACUGAGAUCUACUGGGAACACUGGUUAAUAUUCAUAUUUAUCAAUGUCAUUACUACAAAGCUGACUGACUAAACUCCUGCUCCUGUGUUAUCUGCUGUACGAGUGUCUGAACAUGUUUCUGAACACGUGUCGAACACGUGUCGAACACGCGUCGAACACGGAUGUUAGCUAUUUUAUUGUGCUAUGCUCACAUUUGCCUGGACAUGUCAUGCUGUUGAUUCAAGUCGCUGAUAGUAUAAUAAAUGUAUUUUUCAUGUCA